AUGAUCGCACAGAAGUUGCACGCCGUGGCCAUAGCCAUUGAUACGAUUGUUCAGCAGCAGACCAUGCUCCAGCAGUCCCGCUCCAAGGCGCGCAAGCGCAACACUGGGAACAGCGGUGCGAAGGCAGUCAUCCCCGAUCCCCAUCUGCGUGAAUUGUGGGUUUUGACACCGAUCACUGCGACAACCGCAGAGAGAAAGCGGAUUGCUAUGAUCGAUCGUGCAAUCCGGGCAUGGGACAUGAUUUCAGAAGACGAAGUGCGUGCAAGCUUUGUCAAGGCCUUACCAGAGGAGAUUCAGAUUUAA